CCCUUUAGAUACUUGAAGAUAGUUAUUUUGUCCUUCCAAGUCUUCUCUUCUCCAGGAGCACCUCUCUAGUAUCUUCAAAGGAGCUUUAUGUGAUAUUAGCUUUAUAUACCAUGAUCUUGAAUCCCUCUGAGAUGUUCAGUAUCGAUCCCCGAGGACCUUCAAAAUUAUCACCUCGAACAUGGAUUUCUUCUGUAUGUACUAGACAAGUCCUAACAGGGGCUUCACUGAAAUGCACUGUAUGAGUGGGCACUCCAAUUUUGUUUCUUGUGUAUGCAUCAUACCUUCAAGUGACAUCUAUCCUCGGGGACUAAUUGCCACUGGUGGAAAUGACCACAAUAUUUGCAUAUUCACACUGGAUAGUUCAGCACCACUUUAUAUACUUAAAGGUCACAAAAACACUGUCUGUAGUCUUUCUUCUGGAAAAUUUGGAACAUUACUUAGUGGCUCAUGGGACACCACAGCCAAAGUCUGGCUCAACGACAAAUGCAUGAUGACCUUACAGGGUCAUACAGCAGCAGUAUGGGCAGUGAAGAUAUUACCAGAACAAGGUUUAAUGUUGACUGGGUCAGCAGACAAAACUAUUAAACUUUGGAAAGCUGGAAGAUGUGAAAGAACAUUCUCUGGUCAUGAAGAUUGUGUGAGAGGUUUAGCAAUUCUAAAUGAGACAGAAUUUCUUUCUUGUGCAAAUGAUGCCAGUAUUAGAAGAUGGCAAAUCACUGGCGAGUGUCUUGAAGUAUAUUAUGGGCAUACAAAUUAUAUUUAUAGUAUAUCUGUUUUCCCAAAUUGUAAAGAUUUUGUGACAACAGCAGAGGACAGAUCUCUGAGAAUAUGGAAACGAGGGGAAUGUGCCCAGACAAUCAGACUUCCAGCUCAAUCUAUUUGGUGUUGCUGUGUGCUAGAAAAUGGUGACAUUGUGGUUGGUGCGAGUGAUGGCAUUAUCAGAGUGUUUACAGAAUCAGUAGAUCGGACAGCUAGUCCUGAAGAACUUCAGGCUUUUGAAAAUGAACUUUCUCAGGCAACUAUUGAUUCAAAAACUGGUGAUUUAGGGGACAUUGAUGCUGACCAGCUUCCAGGAAAAGAGCAUCUGAAUGAACCUGGUACUAGAGAAGGACAGACUCGCCUGAUCAAAGAUGGGGAGAAAGUUGAAGCUUAUCAGUGGAGUGUUAGUGAUGGAAGGUGGUUGAAGAUUGGUGAUGUUGUUGGUUCAUCUGGAGCUAAUCAGCAAACAUCUGGAAGAGUUUUAUAUGAAGGAAAAGAAUUUGAUUAUGUUUUUACAAUUGACGUCAAUGAAAGUGGGCCUUCCUAUAAGUUGCCAUAUAACACCAGUGAUGAUCCUUGGUUGACAGCAUACAACUUUUUGCAGAAGAAUGAUCUAAAUCCUAUGUUUUUGGAUCAAGUGGCCAAAUUUAUUAUUGAUAACACAAAAGGGCAGACAUUGGGAAAUGUGAACACUGAUUUUUCAGACCCGUUUACAGGUGGUGGUCGUUAUGUUCCAGGUUCUUCUUCUGGAUCAGACGUGUCAGCUGCUGCAGAUCCUUUCACAGGUUCAGGUCGUUAUGUUCCUGGUUCAACAAGCAGCACUGGAGUACCUUCAGCUGGAACUGACCGAUUUAUAGGUAGUGGUGUCUUCCAGUCAUCUCCACUUAAAGCACUAAAUAUAUAUUUUCCCAAGAAGGAAGCUGUUACGUUUGAUCAGGCCAACCUGACACAAAUACUAGGUAAAUUAAAAGAACUUAAUGCAACUGCACCUGAAGAACAGAAGUUAACUGAAGAUGACUUGGUACUUCUUGAAAAGAUACUAUCUCUAACAAGUAAUAACUCUGCAGAAGGACCCACAGCUCACCAACUUCAGACUUUGUGGAAAGCUGUUAACUGGCCUGAAGAUAUCGUCUUUCCAGCACUUGACAUUCUUCGGUUGUCAAUUAGACAUCCCACGGUUAAUGAGAAUUUCUGCAAUGAAAAGGAAGGGGCUCAAUUCAGCAGUCACCUCCUCAAACUUCUGAAUCCUAAAGGAAAACCUGCAAACCAAUUGCUUACACUCAGGACUCUUUGCAAUUGUUUUAUCGGCCAGGCAGGACAGAGGCUUAUGAUGUCACAGAGGGAAUCAUUACUGUCACAAGCAAUAGAACUGAAAUCAGGCAGCAAUAAGAACAUUCAUAUUGCACUGGCUACGUUGACCUUGAACUACUCUGUUUGUUUACAUAAAAACCAUAAUAUUGAAGGUAAAGCUCAAUGCCUGUCAGUAAUCAGCACAGUCUUGGAAGUUGUGCAAGACCUUGAAGCCACUUUUAGACUCCUUGUGGCUCUUGGGACACUUAUCAGUGAUGAUUCAAAUGCUGUGCAAUUAGCCAAGUCUUUAGGAGUUGACACUCAAAUAAAAAAAUAUGGCUCAGUAUCAGAACCAGCUAAAGUAAGUGAAUGCUGUAGGUUUGUCCUUAAUUUGCUAUAAUUGUUUUUACUAUAUGGGGACCUCAAGUUAUGCCUUGAUUAGUGCUUUUUUUUUCCAUUCAUAUUUUACAUGACUGGAUAUAAUUGAAAAAUACUGUGGAUGAAGUAAAACUUAAUUAAGUUCUGUUGAGUGGGAGGGAAAACAAAUAAAAAACAAUUUUUGCACUAA